CUUGCCUCUGGCCCUGCUUUCCCCUUGUCCGCCGAUUGCCCGCCUGCCUCUCCCCCCUCCCCUCAUUUCGCCUCCUCCCUCGCCCGGCCCCGCCACCAUCGUCAGCAUGAGCCAGGCCGGCCCGGCGCGCAAGUCCACGCUCCUGAUCCCGGACCACCCGAUCAUCGUUGGCCUGCGCCUUCUUCGAACCCCGGGCCCGAAAUCCAGCCUCUCCGUGCAAGUGGGCCGGGCGCUGGAGGAAAACCCCGACUCCACGUCGCUCAUUUGGUCGGACCUAUCCAAGUCCGACAUCGGCCAGGUGCCCUAUGGCCUUGACGCGAUCACACUCUCCUCUUUGAACCUCUCGGCCAAGCUCUCCUCGCGCUACAACAUCACCCGAGACAAUGACCAGGCAUCGGCGGUGGCCUUCGUGGAGGCAGCGGUGUCCCUGACCCAGCGCAUCUCCCAGGCCAAGAGGCGGUCCUGCCUGACACGCCUGGAGCUGGUUGGCGUCCGGGUGGCCCAGCUGGAGCCCAUCGCCGCGGCGCUGGCCCGCCCGGUGGCCGAAGGGGCAAGUGGCCUGUCACCCAUUCGGACCUUCGUGGUCCGGGACAUUCCGGACAUUUGCUUUCUCACGGACCCGGGUCUGGAGCUGGGCCGGCGCCUGUUCGUUGAUUGCCGGCUCGACCAGCUGGAGCUCCGCGCGUGCGGUGUCAAGCGCGUGCCGCACUUUGCCCGGACCGGCCGCUGGGCCAGCCUGCUGACGGCCGCGGCCGAGGCGGCCACCGAGCAUUCGGCCACCGCGGUGCACUUUUCCCCGACCGCCGUGGCCCGGCUGUCCGAGUCUUUGACCGAAUCGCCGAUCCCGGCCAAUUGGUCCGGUCUGCGGUCGCUGGUGCUCGACAGCAACCGCGGCCUGGGUCUGGUGGGAGCGGUCCGGCCAUUGUUAAACAUGCGCACGCUGGUUCAUCUUUCCCUGGCGGACACGGCACUCGACUGCACUUUCACCGGCCGGCGCACCCUGGAUCUCAGCGGCCUGAUUGCCCUGGAGCACUUGGAUCUGUCGUACAAUGCGCUGGGCGGUGUGCCGGCCGGCAUCACGCGGAGCGCACACUUCCUGGCCGGGCGCCCGCUCAAUGCCGCGGGCGCCGGGGCCGGGGUGCUGGACCGCCGGGGUGGCUCUGGCCGCGUCAGCCCGCUGGCCGGGCCGGGCGACUCGCCCAUCGGCCGGUCGCCCACCCUGGGUGUGUUGAUUCCGUCGUCGUCGUCGUCGUCGUCGUCGGGCCCCGGCCCCGGCAUGGGCGGGGGCAUGGACUCGCCCCCGGCAGUGGGGAGCACCCCGGCAUCGCCCGUCUCGCCGGACUUUGACUAUGCGGCCUCCGACGACGAGGACAAUGAGGACGAAGACCCGGAUGCCGAGUGGCGCCGACGCCAGGAUGCCCAGCGCACGGAGCCCUUCAUCCGGCUGCCCAACAACCUGCGUGUGUUGGUUUGCCGCGGGAAUAUGCUCUGCUCGCGGAGUUUCUACUUGCUGUUCUUCGCGCGCGGUCGCGACCCCUCGCGGGCUUGGACCGCGGAGUUCCUCAUGUCGCUGGUCCUGUCGGACAACCGGUUCGCCGGCAUUCCCGGCUACUUCGGUGCCCUGUCCAAGUUGCGCUUCCUCUACCUGGACGCCAACCUUCUGCAGGGGGCCGGACUGGACGAUGUGACCUUCCCCCGGUCGUCGCUGUCGGCGUCGGAGCAGGCCCUGGCCGCGCGCGCGCCCAUCACCCUGUCCUCGGGCGGGGCUCCGAAGCCCGGCAGCGCCGGAGCCCCCCCGACCAGCUUCUCGGAUGUGGCCAGCUUCUCGGGGCUCCGGUCGCUGGAGCUCCUGCAUCUGGGCUACAAUCGCUUUAUUACCCUGCCAACUUUCUGUGUCCUGGAUGACCACCUCCCCUCGCUUCAGGUGCUGGUGUUGAACAACAAUCGGCUGAAGUCCAUCCCGCGGCACAUUGUGGCGGCCGCCAAAAAGCGUCUGAAGUUCCUCAACCUCGAUGACAAUCCCGACCUGCCGGUUGCCGAGGCCGCGCUCGGGGCCCUACUGGCACAAUGGUCCUCCACGACCGAGGAGGGCGUCGAUCCCGACGACGAGUCGUCGGCUGCCACCGGCCUCAUUAAGUAUGACAUCCGCAAUGCGGAUUUCACCCUCCAGUCUUCGGAGCGCUUUGUUGAGCGCCUAGCCAGCCAGGCAGCCGCACGAGCGGCACAGGAGGCUCGGCGUCGGGCUGACAAGGAGAAGGAGCUCCUUCAAAAGAAGGCGGCCAAGAUGGACUUCCAUGACAUCCCGGUGGGCGAUCUCCCUGGCCUCGGCCCUGGGGGCACCCUCCUGCUAGGUGACGCCACGGGCAAUGCCGCGUCCCAGCACGUCCCUGGGCUAGUUGACCAGCUGGCCCCAUCGGGGAUGGAUUACUCGCAGCUCUUCCCACAGAGCGUCCUCGCCCGGCAUGUCGGCUGGUUCGACAACUCCGAGGACGAAACCCAGGUCCAACUGACAUGCUUUGUGAUUGCGCAGCUCCACCCCCUGCGCAUGCGUGUUCCCCUGGCCGAAGAUCCGCACGUCAAGUACUGCGAGCAUGGGAUCCUACGCGCCGAGUGUGCGGAGAUGGACUGCGAAGUGUUCUUCGGCUGCGCUCAUGAUGAGGGGACCGAGCUCCUGCCGGUUCACUAUCACGAUCGCUUCCCCCGAUUCGAGGGCCAAGCGGCCCCGGCUCCGGCCGCAGACGAUGACGAUGACGACCUGGUCGAUGACCUGACCUACCUCUUCCGUGAGGGCGCCGCCGGGGCCGGCAAUGCCAAGUACAAUGGCAUUCACCCGCUCUUCUGGAACUGCGGCACCUUUUGCGACGGGGAUGCCUACAUCCUGCUCCGGACCGACACCCCGGUGCCCGACAACCAAGUCUCAGGCGCCAACACCAGCAAGAACAUCGGUGUUCGGCAUUCCAUUUUCACUUGGAUCGGCCCCGAGGCCAGCACGGACAAGCGCCUGUGCGCGGCCAUGCAUGCGGCCAACCUGCGCAAGGCCCUCCUUGGCAUGGGGAUCCCGGUGUGGUCGGACAAGUCCUUCGUCGAUGGGGUGCCCACCAGCGGCGUCACUUGUGUGCAAGAUGAGGAGCCCGGCGCCGAGUCGGCCGAUUUCUCGGGGCUCUUCUCGGAGAUCAUCCGUCGGCCGGCCGAGAUGUCCCUGCUGCCGGGCUUGAACAAGGCCAGCGCCGGGUCGGCUCCCGGGGCCUUCAUCCAGAAGGUGGAUCUGUUUGCGGUGGUGUUCGACGGCCCGCGCGCUCGGCUGGAGCCAGUGCGGCCGAUUUCCUGGGAUUCCCUCCGCUCCAAUGGCGUCUUCCUGCUGAACACCCCGCAGGAGGUCUUCAUGUGGACGGGUCAGGAUGUCAAGGUCAAUACCGCGGCCAAGGCGCGCAUUCUGGCCGAUGACUUCCACCUGCGCGAUCGAAAUACCCGCGUCCCGCUGACCCUGGUGACCGAGAUGCCGGAUGAGCAACUGGACUGCCUGAUGGUGCACAGCAACAGCGGGGCCCUGGGCGCCGAGCAGUUUAUGGCCUUCUCGUCGAGCUCCUCCGGCCGCCGGGCCUUGCUGGACUACUUCCGCUUUGCCAAUUGGUUCUUCAGUCACUCGCCGGCGAACCGGCCCCCGAAGAGCGCCUGCCAGCCCUGCGGCAGCCGCUGCCUGGUUUCCUCGCGUAACUCCUUCGGCCUCUGCCUGUCCUGGCUGUACAUCGAGAACCAGCGCGCCGGGGCCGACUACUUGGACCCGUACCUGGCCACCGAGGCGCGGCUCUUCCAGGUGGUUUUCCAGGAUGGCAAGCUGGAAGUCCCACGCAUGGACCCGCCCCUGUCGCGAAAGUCCCUCCAAUCGGCCGGAUGCUUCAUCUUGGACACGACCAGUGCGGCGCCCGUGCACAAGCUGGACCCCGGGUCGUGGGAGAUCCUCCCCGACGGGCGUGUGGUCUAUCCGCAGAGCGUCACCGUGGCCGCAUGGGUUGGGCGCCGGGCUCCGGCGGAAAUCCGGUCCAUUGCCCUGCGCCUGGCCCAGCGAGUGCUGGCCCUGCAUGUGGAGCAGAUCCGCCGGUCGUGCGCCAGCCAGCCGGCCCUGCUCCAGCGUCUCGGCCUGGCGCCCGGCGAGGAGGAAGACCUGGCCCUGAAUGUGGUCAUCCACGGCCGGGCAGUGCGCGUGACCGAGGGAUCGGAGGAUACGGUCUUCGCCGGGUGGUUCGGCGACUGGUGGGCAACCCAGCAACAUACGACGCUGGCUUCCUUGGAGGUGGGCUAUCGCGGAUCGUCAAGCUCCGGCCAGUCCAAGCGCUCGGGUGACCGGCUGCCAGUGGACACCGACGUGCGGGUGCUGUACCGCGGCCCACGGCGCACCUUCGUCUCGGCCACCGACACCCAGACCGAUGAGAUGGAUGAGCGCGCGGCCAGUGCCCUGCUCUCCCGCAUGCGCUCCUCGUUGGUCAGCAUCCGGUGCUUUGUCCGUGGCAAGUCCGGCAAGUUCGAUUCCCUCCCGGCGGGGCAUUGCAAUAGUUUCUUCUACUCCGGCGAGGUGUAUGCCUUCCUGUGUGCAUAUGACCAAAAGUCCUCGGCCCUGCUGUCCAGCCUGCCCAGUGUCCUGGAGGAUGGUGCUUCGACUCCAACCGCGCCCGCGCCCGCGCCCGCGCCCGCGGCCAAGUCCAAGUCCGUGGCCUCGGCCCCGGCGGAUGCCACGGAGGGGCCCGACUCGGGCGACUCCGAUGCCUCCCCCCUGGCCGCGGCCGAGGACGCUUCUGUGGAGUUGCUGCAGUUGAUGCGCUCGGAGAAUGACAUCAACUUCGGCUCGUCCCCGGUCCAGGCCAUCGAGGAGGCGGCCACCGCGGCUUUCGCCACGACGGCCACCGCGCUGCAGCACGCCGCCGAGGGGUCAGCCCCGGCGCCCUCCAAAACCCAGUCCGGCCGUGUGGUCGAGAGUGUUCUCUACUAUUGGGAGGGCCGCGACGCCUCGCCCAUGGCUUGGAUGCAGUUUUCCCUGUCUCUGCGCCCGCGUCUGGAGGCCAUCGUCAAGUCGCUCUACGGCUUGAGCUUGCGCGUCAUCCGCGUGAUGCAGCAAUGCGAGCCCGCGCGGCUCAUGUGUCACCUUGACAGAGAGCUGGUUAUCUUCAAGGGCACCCCCCUGCCGGUGAAGGACGGGUUCCUGGAUAUCGCCCGAUCCCCGAGCCCGGUGCGCAUCUUCCAAAUUCGCCUGGGCUCCUCGCGGAUUACAAGUCGCGCCAUCGAGGUGACCCCCUCCCCCUCGACGCCGGCCAGCCGGCUGCUCAUGUCCAGCGACUGCUUCAUCGUGGUGGACCUGGCCCAGCGGCAGGUGUUCGAGUGGCAUGGGGCGGCCACCCGGGCCGUGGACCGGCGCCUGUGCUCGCGCUACUCGCGUCAACUCCGGGCGCACUUCCUCCUGCCGGUCGGGGCGGCCGUGUCGCAGGCCAUGACCCCCGGGGGGAAGGCCGCCGCCACGGCGGUCCCCAGCUUCCGGUCGUCGGAUCCCUCGGUGCCGCUGAUUUUCGCCGAGCCCGAGGGGUCCGAGUCGCCGGCCUUCCGCCAGCUGAUGGGCAUGGGCCGGGUGUCGCCGGCCAGCGUGAGCCAGCGCCUGGGCCUGGUCCUGUCGUAUACCUUCGCUCGGAGUGGGCUGUCCGUGCCGGUGGUGGCCUCGCACCUGAAGUCCUUCCGCAGGGCGCUCAUCCUGGACGGCUCGGCCGGGGUGUACCUGCAGCCUCCCUCGCCGACGGACCUGCAUUUCAAUGCCUCCCAUGUGGAGGCCAGCCCGCGCCGGUCGCCGGCUUUGGGCAGCGCCAGCGCCUCGAUCACCUCCUCGCCCUCGCUCAGCGGGGCCGCGGGGUCGGCCCCGGCGCCGGAUGAUGGAUCUGCUCCGGAUGCCGACAACCCGGACGCCCUCGAUGGGCCGACGGCCGCCUCCUCCAUCCGGUCGCUCCUGCGUCGGGUGUACCCCCGGCUCUUCCAGUUCACCAUCACCACGCUGUCCUUCGGGCCGGGGGCCACGUCGCCGGGCGGCGGCCUGGGCCCGGUUCCCGGCAUGGCCGCAACACCGCCGGCCUCGCCGGCGGCCGAUGCCCCGACAGAUGCCUCCAGCUCGAGCGUCGACCUGUCGGCCGCCAUGGCCUCCGGGGGGUCACACUUGGCCUUCUUCGCCACCGAGCAGACGGACUUCUGCCGGAGCGACCUGCGCCCGGAUGUCGUGGCCCUGGUGGACCCGGAUCCCCUGCGCGAGACCUUCAGCUCGUGCCCGGUGUACCUGUGGAUCGGGCGCACGUCGGACGCCGUGGUGGCCGAGUCGCUGGCCGUGCGCGCCACCCAGACCUACCUGCAGCACCAUUUCGCUGCCAUCCUCCCGCUGAAUCCGCUGUCGGUCAUCCAGAAGGUCCAUGAUGGCCGCGAGCCGGCGGACUUCCGGGCACUCUUCCAUGCGUGGGAUUGAUGGCUUGUGGGUGGUCCCUCUCCGGUGUUUGGAAAUGCCGGCGCUCGGCGCCGGCAAAAUCCGCCCGGAUGGUUUUCCCCCUCCCCGGACACCCGUCCCGUUGGGCGGCCACUUGUGUGCAUGUGUGUAUGUGCGUGUGCGUGUGUGUGUGUAUCCUCAACACACCAGCGGCAGGAGCGAGAAUAGACCAUGCCAGCCUUUC